CGGCUCCAAGCCUUGCGGGGGUUGGCGAAUCCUCCCGUCCUAAACAGUCCCCGGUGGCUCGGCCGCACCCCUUGUGCCAUCUGCACCGGUCGUGGGGUUCGUAGAAAGGACUCAGGGAGACCCCGGACACCCCGAAAUGGACUCGGUGGCCAUUGAGGAUGUGGUUGUAACCUUCACCCUAGAAGAGUGGGCCUUACUGGAUUCUUCACAGAAGAAACUUUACAGAGAUGUAAUGCGACAAACUUUCAAGAACCUGGCCUCAAUAGGGAAGAAAUGGGAUGAUCGUGACAUUGAAGAAUUGUAUAAAAACCAGGGGAGAAAACUAAGAAAUCAUAUGGCGGAGAGACUCUGUGAAACUAAAGAGGGUAGUCAAUGUGAAGACAACUCCAAUCUUAUUUCAGAAAUGACUUUGAACAAGAAGACCACUGCAGUGAAACCACAUGAAUGCAGUACAUGUGGAAAAGUCUUUAUGCAUCAUUCACCCCUUGAUAGGCACAUCAAAUGUCACACUGGACACAAACCAUAUGAAUAUGACAAAUACAGAGAGAAGCCUUAUACAUUUAGGACAUGUGGUAAAACCAGUUAUCACCAUUUUUUUUAUAAACGUGUAGAGAAAUCUUACAAAUGUAAGGAAUGUGGGGAAUCCUUUAGGCAUCCCCAGUUUGCUCACAAACAUGAACAGAUUCAUACUGGAGAGAAAUGGUAUCAAUGUAAACAAUGUGGAAAAAUCUUUAGAUAUUUUCAAGGCUUCCAAAAACAUAAAAAAACUCACACAGGAGAGAAACCGUAUGAAUGUAAGCAAUGUGGUAAAGCUUUCAAUUGUUCCAGUUCUUACCAAAGUCAUGAAAAAACUCAUACUGGGGAGAAACCUUAUGAAUGUAAGGAAUGUGGGAAAGCCUUCAGUUAUCACUCUUCCUUUCUGUUACAUGAGAGAAUUCAUACUGGAGAGAAACACUAUACAUGCAAGGAAUGUGGUAGAGGCUUUCGUCGUUAUGGAACCUUAAAACGGCACAUGAGACUGCACACUAGGAAGGAACUCUAUGAAUGUAAACAAUGUGGUAAAGCCUUCAGAUAUUUUGUUUGGUUUGAGAAACAUGAAAGAAGUCAUACUUGAAACAUUAAAUGUAAGGAAUGUGAAAAGGCCUUCUCAUAUUACCAAACCUUAAAAGUACACACUAAACUGCACAGCAGAGAAAUCAUAUGAAUAUGAGCAAUGUGGUAAAGCCUUUAGCUAUUCUUCUUCCUUUAGAAGUCAUUGAAGAAAUGAGAAAAAAUCCUAUGAAUGUAAGUAGUUUGGUAAAGCCUACAGACCUUACAGUUGCUUGGAAACACAAGAGAAUUCAUAAGGAAAGCUUAAUGGAAAUUCAUGUGUAGUAUAGUGUUCCAGGCAACAGCACAAGUCAUUAAUAAAUGUGUAGCCCUAGCCAGGUUGGCUCAGUGGAUAGAGGGUCAGCCUGAACACUGAAGAGACCUGGGUUCGAUUCUGGUCAGAGUCAAUACCUCGGUUGCAAUUUCCCCUGCCCUGGUCAGAUGCAUGCAGGAGGCAACCAAUUGCUGUUUCUCCCUAUCUGUUCCACUAUCAUGUUGAAGCCUAUUGGGAUUGGUGAGUGAGUUAAAGACAUUUUUUUUUUUAAAUAUAUAUUUUUAGUGAUUUCAGAGAGGAAGGGAGAGAGAGAGUAACAUCAAUGAUGAUAAUCAUUAAUUGGCUACCUCCUGCAUACCCCCUAAUGGGGAUCAAGUCCAAAACCCGGGCAUGGGGCCUGACCAGGAAUUGAACCAUGACCUGAUUUAUAGGUCUACACUCAACCACCCAGCCACACUGGUUGGGCAAAGUUUACUUCUAAUAUGCAAUUAGGAUUAAUUUGUUAAAAUAUUUUAUUUAGCUUGUGCUAAGAGGCCAUUGAAAUUUGACUGUGGUAUUUAUUGGGAUUUUUCUACUGGUCUUGUAGCAGUACCUGUAAAUCCCUAGUUCAUUAUAUAUACUCUACCUUAGUGACUACCAAAAGUUCUCCUUUUGGGUGACAAGUAUAAGAACUUUAUACACAUAACACAGUUGGAAUAGUAGAAUAAAGCAAGUUUAUGCAAUAAUAUAGUUUUAUGUGGAUUCUCUUAAUAUUUGGAGUUUUACUUUUUGUUCUUCUUUAUUUGCUUAAUAGACUUUGUUGUGAGAAGAAAUACCUGUAAUAAGGACAAAAAUCUAGAGCUGGGAUGUUCCCCUGUGGAUAAUGUUUUAUAUCAUUUUCUGGAUUUUCCACUUACAAUCAAGGGUAUCCUCAGAACUUCCACCAACUCUUUCAUAUUCUUUU